AGUUAGAUAUGCAAGAAUCCAUCGCUGAAUUGUGCGAGUGGACGGUGGGCCAUUGGUGACGGCUGCUCAGUCCAUAUCUACUUUUCAUUCAUCUCUCUCUCUCUCUGUUCUUCUCACGCACCAGAAACCCUAGCGAGCGCCUCGCGAUUGUUGCCUCCUCACAGGUGGUUACAAUGUCUACUCCAGCUAGGAAGAGGCUUAUGAGGGAUUUCAAGAGGUUGCAACAGGACCCUCCUGCGGGAAUAAGUGGUGCACCUCAAGAUAACAAUAUUAUGCUUUGGAAUGCUGUUAUAUUUGGUCCUGAUGAUACCCCUUGGGAUGGAGGGACGUUUAAGUUGACACUUAUAUUCACUGAAGACUACCCAAACAAGCCACCAACAGUGCGGUUCGUUUCUCGCAUGUUUCAUCCAAAUAUCUAUGCUGAUGGAAGCAUAUGCUUGGACAUUCUUCAGAAUCAGUGGAGUCCUAUAUAUGAUGUUGCAGCUAUACUCACAUCUAUACAGUCGCUGUUAUGUGAUCCAAAUCCAAAUUCUCCUGCAAAUUCUGAAGCUGCUCGUUUAUUCAGUGAGAACAAGCGUGAAUACAACCGCAAAGUACGAGAGAUUGUUGAACAAAGCUGGACUGCAGACUGAUACCCACUGAAAUGUAGCCAUCUGGCAUCUAUCUCAAGGGCUUAGAGCUCUUUAUGCAACAUUUUCUGAAUUGGAAAAUCUUCUUCCUGCCUUUCUUAAUUGAACACAUUUGUUUUUACCUUAUUAUAGCAGUCAAGAUACUAGGUAAGAUUUGCUGCAUUGUGUUGCCAGGCUUCUGUAAAGUAAAAUUUUCUAUAUCAAGAACAUUGAGAAUGUGGUUCCUGUUUCAAGCA